AUGCAAUCCAGGAUAAAUAAACGUACUUCAAUACAUCAUUUUUCAAAUCGUUCUUCUAUAAGUUCUUUGUCAACUGAAAACUUUGAUUUUGAUUUAAAUACUGAUAUUUAUAAUAGUCCUCAUGUUUAUUCAAUCAUUGACUCACCGUUUCUGUCAAAACGUAAUAGUAAUUUGUCAAUGAAUCUGAGGAACUCAAGAAUCUCUACUUCUACCCUAUCAACUCUUGCAGCUGUUCCAACUUUAGAAGAAAUCAAAUCUCCUUUAAAUCAAUCUCCUUUACCAAUACCAGAUCGAGUCAAUACGUUAAAUGAUGAAUUGAACUUAGCUUUAGAUCAUUCUCAAAUUGAUUUGACUAUAAAUGGACGAGCCAAUCCUCCAAGCUUGGAUCUUUUAAUCCCACCAGCUUCCAUAGAAAUUCCAAACAAUGAACCAAAGACUCCUUUGGACCAAAUGAUUCCCAAUGCCUUAGAAUCAAAAAAUUUAGAUAGAACUUUUACCUCUGAUGAUACUCCCGCAGAACAGAAUUCGCCAGAAUCUUGUACUUAUAACUAUUCUUAUGAAAAUGUCUUGAAACCGAGAGUUAGCUUAAAUCCUCAUUUUGGUGAUAGUGAUGAUAUAACUUGUUUACUUUCGGUAAAGUCUCCUCAUAUCGAUAAUCAAUUACCAAUCAAUCCACAUGAUGAAUCUCUAAAAUCAAAUGUUGUUUCCAUUUUCGUUUCUAGGUUAAUUCAAGCUAAUAACUGGUCAUCCUGUAUUGGGUUAAAUGCUUUAGGUGAUUUACUCUUGAUCGAUGUUCUACAAGUCAGUACUACUGAAGGAGUCCAUUGGGACCCUUUACAAUGUUUUUGUUUUACAAAUGGGUUAAUUGUUUACGAUAAUUUAAGUAAUUCAUUAAUUGGUCAAAUCAUAUAUAAACAAGAUUUUAAAGAUUUAAUUUUUGAUGAAAAUAAAAUCAUCAUUGAAUUCAAUAACACUGAUACAAUACCUGAAUUACAAUUAAUGAGCGAAAUUGGUUUAUUAUCAGAUAAAUGGAAAUAUUACUUAACCAAAUUAUUAAAACAGCAUUUGCAUUUCAGCAUCCCAUUAUUUCAACUAACAACUACUUGCUGGGAUUCAAUAAUUGAAAAUCUGGAAGUAAAAUUACCUUCAGAAUUAGUCAAAUUCAGUGAAUCUUUUCACAACAAUCCAAAUUGCAUUCCAACGUCAUUAGCAUUAUUAGCCACUCCAAAACCAGAUAAGUUACCUUUAACUUUGAUUGUCUCAAUCUGUUUAGUAAACCAUGAUAAUGAACUUUCAAAUAAUGAAUAUAAAAGUUUAAUAACACAAAUGGUUAAUAAAAUAAGAUCAACUAUGAACCAAUACGAUAAGUUAGGAUUGAUUUUCGUUGGUAAUUCGGAUAAAAAUAGCUCAUUCACUGGUUGCAUUGAAUCUAAUUGGAUUGGUUGGGAUAAAAUUUUGGAUUCAUUAUCUAUUUCAUCAAUCAAAAAAAUUAACUUUAAACCAUUUUUGAAAAAUGGAUUGGAAGAAAUCUUAAUAACCUUUAAUAAAUUCCGUCAUUUGAAUGAUUUCAUCCCAAAUGAAUCAAAUUCCAAUUGCCAAUUAAUGGUUUUACAAAAUAAUAACUACAAUGCUAAUAAUAUUUUAAACGAUUUUGAAGAAUUCUUAAAUUUUCAAAAAAUGGGACAAAGAAUCUUGAAAGGUAAUAACAAUUUAACCAUUUUGAAUCAAUUAAGUGAUAUGAUUGAAUUUUUCCAAGAAUCUAGUUCAUUGUCAUCAAUCAACAUUGUUAGAAUUGGUAAGAAGUAUAAUCAGGAAUCUUUGAUUAUGCAAAAAAUUUUAUCAAAUCCAAUAUUUAAUAAUCUUAAUUCAAAAGUUACGGUAUCAUUUGGUCAUAAACUUUUGAGAUAUGACACUUUAUCAAAUUUUGUUAAUGAGGAUUUGGUUCCAAUGGUUAAAAAAUUUCAACAAAUAACCAUUCCUAAAAUUACGGUGGACUUAAACGUUAUCCAUCAAAAUAACUUGAAGGUUGAUGAAGUUGAAAUUAAUGGUGGAAUUUAUUCACUUUCUAAUUUGCAAAUCGAAAACAUCCAAAUCAUUUUGAAUGAUAUAAAUAUCAACUUUGAUCGGGACAUAUACUUGAAACUAAAAUUUCCAAUGGAUUCAAAUUCAAAAUUUACCGAAAUCCCAAUGAUAAAUUAUCAAACACAAUGGUUAAACCAGCUAGAUGAUCUUAAAACCAUGUCUAGCAACUUAUCCCAAGUCUAUGCUGCUGCGACCUCGUCUGCAUUCAUCGAUUUUGAAUCAUUAACUCCAUCCAACCUGGGCUCAGAAGACCCUUUCUACAACGAUAACCCCUUGUUACCUCCUCUUUCACCAUCCAAGGAUCAAAACUUGACUAAAAAGCUUCUCGAAAUAGCAAUGAUGCAUUCAUUAUCCAGAAUUGACGAGCACUCUUUGAGUGAAGACAAUAAAUCAAUCAUUUGUUCGACCAUUCAAAAAAUUAUCGAUUCGACAAGAGGCCUUAAUAUCGAUUCAGAAACAGACUUAAUGAGCUCUACAAUCCCUUCUUACUACAACUUCAACCAUAUCCAUGACAACCGUGAAUACGUCCAACACCUCUUGCAUAAAUUAAGUAUUCUCGAAAAAUUAUUCGAUGAAACCCCAGAGUUGGCCGUGGUCAAAUCUCGGGACUUCACCAACCUGUUAAUGUAA